AAACGAAGAGCACAAAGUGAAAUGGGGAAUUGUUUUUUGUAGAGCCCUAAAUAGAAAAUCUCCAACUGUAGUGAAAGUGAAGAAGAAGAAGAAGAUGGUGGAGAUCUGAAAAUAUGCGAUAGAUCUGACGAAUGCAGAUCUAAAAUGUCAUCUAGAGGAAGGGAGAGGAUGAUGAUGAAGGAAGACGGUAGAGGAAGGAAUCCACCGUCGCGACAUCUUUGGGUUGGUAACCUUCCUCAUGGGAUACUUGAACGAGAAUUAGCCGAUCGGUUCUUAAGAUUUGGUGAAUUGGAAAGCUUAGCGUUUCAGCCUGGACGAAGCUACGCAUUUGUUAAUUUUAAUCACGAUGAGGAUGCGUUCGCUGCGAUUGAGUCGCUUCAAGGCUUCCCACUCUCUGGAAACCCACUUAGGAUCGAGUUUGCUAAGGCGGUUAGUGUUGAAAACUCCUUUUUUUUUUUUUUUUUUUCCAAUGCUUGCUUAAUUUGGCUUGGUUUUUGAGUCUUGAGGUUGAUUAGAGAUGACAUGAACUAACUUAUUAGGAGUGAUUGAAAGUUAUCAGUUAGUGUGUCUUCAAUAGAUGACUAGUUAUGUGAUUACUUACACGUAAAUUAGUUCCAGUCAGUACCAUUCUAGAAAUUAAUGAUUGUUGACUACGCAAAGGUAACAAGUCUCUUACCUUGUUCUGGAUAAGUUGUUACUCGGAUGAUACUUAAUCAUUGUCUAAGUUUAUAGAACUUAGCAAUCAGUACCAUUCUAGAAAUUAAUGAUUGUUGACUACGCAAAGGUAACAAGUCUCUUACCUUGUUCUGGAUAAGUUGUUACUCGGAUGAUACUUAAUCAUUGUCUAAGUUUAUAGAACUUAGCAAUGAGCAAAACAAACGAAGAUGGUGGUAUCUCAUUUUUGUCUCCUCUUCAUAGGCCUCACACUUUAUUAUUACAAGAAGUUUUUUUUCACAUUAACUGUGAAAGUUCUGUAGUUUCUAUAUAUGGAAACUUAGAAUCAUUCUUUAUUAAACCAUAUGCCUCCACAUCAAAAGUAUCCAUGUGUAACCGCACAAGCAUUCACCUUUAUCAUUCACAGCACAAACAUUCACCUUUAUCAUUCACAACACAAGCAUUCAGCCAUUACGUUGUGAAGCAUUCAGAAUGUUAUUGACAAAUAAUACAAACUUGGUAGUUGAUCCCAAGUUGGAGUUCUUUGUUCAUUUAAAGAUGCUCUUAGCUCACUUGAGGUCAAGUGUGUUCCAGGAACAUCAGCAUGUGUUGAAGGGAAGUGGACCAGUGUUCAACUAGAUCUUACAAUAAAGAUAACAGAAAAUUGUCAAUAAGCUUUAUGGCUCUUAGAGUUAAUGUUUACCUAACAACUUUGGAUGAUUCCAUAUGCUUCAGCGUCAGGGUCACAUUCAUGCAAAAGUCAUAAACCCAAGUUAAUAGAAUUAUGUUGGCAUUGGUCCACAUGUUGUAAGUUUGAUUGCGUUGCUGCCUGACUUCAGUUGCCUCUCAGUACUUACGAAGGUGUGACUUGAUCAUCUAUAUUGUGUCUCCGAGUAACUUUUCCUGCCUUCUAUUAUGUCAUUAUAAACUGAGAAGUUACAGAGUAUAGAACUAUUAUUCAGCUAGCAGUUGGUGACAUUUUACAUAUUUUCUCCAUAAUAUGUGAGUAACAACCCACCAUACGUUCGAGGCAUUGUUAAAGUUCAUUCUCAUCUUCACCAUGUUUCAUAUUCCUCUGCAACUUGCCAGUGCCAAACAGAUACAUGCUUUUGAAAUGGUUACCUAUACAUAGACAUUGUUAAAAGCAGAAUUUGAUUCGUAUGUACCAAUUCCAGCUUGCAACUGCCCAAUAAAAUUGAUCAUUGUUAUUUUUUUAGAUUAUACAAAAAUUGACAGGGCCAAAUAUCUUAAGCUUGAUGAUUGUUUGUGUUUAUGACAUGUUUACUUUUUGCCAUGAUUACAUCUUGGUCAUGUCUUAAAUUCUCCAUGGCUAGUGAUGAUGUGUAAAAUUGAGGAGCUAAAUUUGUAUAAUGUUUAGGAUUGGCCUAUUGUCUGAUACCUCAAUAUAUUAAUAUUGUAACUUAUACAUUGCAGGGAUAUUCUUUAGCUCAAAUUAAUCACCAUAGGCAGCUCUUCCUUCCUUAGACUUGCUGAUAACUAGAUACUCGAGUUUUUUCAUCGGUUAAUAGUUUAAAGAGUUUCUAUCUGCUUUAUAUUGUUGAUAUUAAUGCAUAUUAGCUUUUACUAACUGUGAGGCAGAAGCGUUUUCUGUUGCACAGUGUUUGUUGCCUGGUGGACUUUCUUACCCAGCUGUGUUAGAUGGGCAUCUCAUUAUCUAGUUAUGAAUUAAAAUAGCGUAUGGAUUUUAAUAAUCUUGUGAUGGAUUUGAAACUUGAUUCUAUUUAUUAUUUCUCUUGAUAACAGUAGCUACUGCAUAGCUAUUUAGUUUGUUACUUGAAGUACCAUAUAAAUACACUGCUGAAGUUUCCUUCUGAUUAGCUUUCAUUUAGAGCCUACUGAAGCUGAUGCUUUAUUUUCUUGAUCAUGCAGUGAAGUAGGCCGUUGGUUAAUACUUCUAUCUUUGUGAUACUCUUUAUCGCAGGAAAAGUCAUCAACUGGAUCACGCACUGAUGAUAUAUAUCGCCAUGAUGAACAGCGGUCUGCAGCAAGAGGGUCGUCUUUUGUCCAAAGGGACUCCAGAAUGCGUUAUGAGAGCCCAGACACAUAUAGCAAAUCAAAAAUGAAUGAUAGAAAUGCAGAACCCAGUGAGGUACUAUAUAUAGGGUUUCCUGCUUCGUUGAAAGUAGAUGAUGCGCUCUUGAGGAACGUCUUUUCUUCGUUUGGAGAAAUAACAAAGGUCACGGUAUUCCCUGGUCGCAGUUAUGCAUUUGUUCAAUUCCGAAAUCUGAUGGCAGCUUGUAAGGCGAAAGAAAGUCUUCAGGGAAAGUUAUUUGGCAAUCCUCGAGUGCAUAUUUGUUUUGCAAAGAGUGAACCUUCCUCAUCUGGCAGUGGAAGGGGUCCGUCGGGUAGAUCACUCUCUCCACCUUACAGAUCUGUUGAUCGACUGGGAUCUUCAGAAGGUUAUCUUCAGGAUAGAAACUAUGGAAGCAUCAGCAGAAUUCCCAGUGUGAGGGAACCACAUUACAUAGAAGAUAGGGAUUUAGAAGAUUCUGAAGGUUACAUUUUUAACAGGAAACGAGACUCAAGUAGCGAUGGAGGUCCUGCAUAUGGAAGGUCGAGAUCUACGCAUAGAUUUCCUCAGGAUAUGCAUGAAUAUCAUGGUAGUCCUGGGGAAAUGGGUACUUCAUUCCGUGAUAAUCCUCACAGAUUCCAGACAAGGAGUUCAGAGUAUGAAGAGCCAUGGGAUCUACCCGAAGAUGACUACUACUACCAGGAAAUCAAGAGAUUGAAGACAAGAUCCUCGCAGCCUGAGAGGCAGCUCCCAGGGCAUCAGCUUUCUGGUAUAGAGCAAGAAAGACGCCCCUUUUCAAGGGCAUCUGCUGAUUUUUCCCCAAAAGAUGCAUUUGAGCGGAACUAUGAGGCUGGACAGCUAAGAUACAACCAAACAGUUGAGCAGCCGUUAAACCUGGCUAUAAGGAAUGGGGACAAGAGUAGCUUACGAGAACCACAUGAAGAGUUAAUGGGAGGUUAUCCUCUGCCAUCAGUUGUCCCUGAAAGAAAAAGGUACACCCCUGAACUGAAUCGACCAUCACUAAAGGACUGGAACUGGGAAGGGACUAUUGCUAAGGGAGGCAAUCCCAUUUGUCGAGCAAAAUGCUUUCCUGUGGGCAAAGUGAUGGACAUGAUGCUGCCUGAGUUUCUAGAUUGCACGGCAAGAACUGGUUUAGACAUGCUGGCUAAGCAUUACUACCAAUCAUCUAAAGCAUGGGUGGUUUUCUUUGUUCCUGGAAGUGAUGCUGAUAUCGUGUUUUAUGAUGAGUUUAUGCAUUAUCUGGAGGAGAAGCAACGGGCAGCUGUUUCUAAAUUGGAUGACACAACAACGUUGUUUCUGGUGCCUCCAUCUGAUUUCUCCGAGAAAGUACUUAAAGUUCCUGGGAAACUAAGCAUCUCUGGAGUUAUUCUACGUUUAGAAUGUGGUGGUUCUGGCUCCGGUGGGCCUGUUCAACAGCAAGGUGAGAGAAAAGAUACAGACUUGCUAACUUAUUAUGGUGAAACAUCAUAUUCAGAAGCUAGUGGAGCGUUUCCUGAUGUGGGAAACCCACGUAUUCCGGGUCCAACAGCUUUUCUGCGUAGUGCGGGUCGUGACAAUCAAAGUGCAUCAAUGGAUCCAUACGUCGAGGACAAGCAUGAUCAGUUGAGUCACCGGUAUUCUGGAUCGGACUGGCCGCCUCGUGAUACAAACCCCAGAAGUUCACCCUUCAUAGAUCAUACUGUUCAAAAACACAGCGGGUUUGUUCCUGGGAAACAGCAAAAUGCAGAUCUAAGUCGUUAUCAUGAUACGGAAACUCCAGUCCCAGCAGGGUUUCAGCCUGAACAGCUUACACAUUUAGCUUCCUCGCUACCCAGACAGCAACAACAGGUACAGAACACUCCAAAUCAGCCUGAGAGAUAUGCACCAGAAGGCCGAGCAAGUUUCAGCCAUUUGCAACAUGCGCAGACACCAAGCAUACCUCAAUUGGUAACUCCACAAAAUCAAAAUGUACAGAUACAAAGUAGCAACAGCCAACAACAAGAAGAAACAGAGGCUAAUCCACAGAAGCGUCUUCAAGCAACAUUACAGCUAGCAGCUGCACUUCUCCAGCAGAUUCAACAAGCUAAACCGAGUUAAUGGUGGCUUCCUGAGUAUGAAAUCUUUACAUUCUUUCUUGCUGGUUGGUAUAAAGAAGAAAAGGCGCAAAUGCAAGUGUUCUAAUAUCGAGAUUAACAUGCCGUAAUACAUAUAGGCAAAAGCCUUUCCAGUAUAAGAUGAUUGUAAAAUGUAGAAUCCUCAUUUUACGUCGUUUUACCUUUUGUAUGAAACCAAUACUACGUUACGUUGAAUAGUAAUAUUCAUUUUUCUCAUUUGCUG